AUGCACCCCACCUGCAUCAGAUACUAUGUCUCCACGCAUCUAUCGGCCGUAGCGCGCGGGACCGCUUUCGAAAACCGGUCUCUCCGGAUCCUGCAGGACAACCUAUCCAUGUCGCUCACGCGCGUCGGCGGCAAGUCGGACGGCGGGGUCGAUCUGGUCGGAUGGUGGUGGGUCCCCAGACUAGGGCAGCGCGACGACAAUGGUAGGUCGGCAGCUGUGUCGGAUUCGGCGGGGACGGGCAGGACGCCGUGCGUGCGGUCCGGCCGAAGGCGCAUACGCAUCCUCGCGCAGUGCAAGGCGGAGAGCCGCAAGAUGGGCCCGGGGUAUAUCCGCGAGCUCGAGGGCGUCGUGUACAAGUUCCUCGCCGAGAGCACCCGCGCUCAGGGCCCCCGUCCCACCGCUGUGCCCGCCGUCGCAGCAGCUAAAGAGGCCCCGCGUCCUCGCGAAGAGCCCUUGACCCCUGUCGUCGCCCUGCUCAUCUCCCAGUCACCCUUCACCCGCGCUUCCCUUCUCGCCGCCCAGUCUUCCACCGUCCCGCUCUACCUCUUCCACCUGCCCUCCCCAGACCCUCCUCGCUCUCCACGCGAACGUUCCCCUCGCGACACCGAUUCGGUACCCCACGUCAGUUCAGGUACCCCUCCCAUGUCCGAGGGCGCGAUCGGGACGGCCUUCUGGAACGCCGCGCUCGCGUCGACGCGAGGGAUCUUAGGGGGGGAGAUGGAGUUGCGCUGGGAACGCACGCUGCCCGAACCGAAUGCAGGGCUGUUUGGUUUGGGAAGAGGGAGACCAGCGCUAUGGUGGAGAGGACAGAGGCUGGCGAAUUGGGUCCCCCAGCAUUCCUCGAUCCAAUAA